AAAAAACCAAAAAAAGAAAAAGAAAAAGAAAGAAGGCCGCAAAAGCAAAUGACGUAGGCGAAGAUCUUCCUUCGACUUGUAGCAAUCUCUCACUUCAUCGCCUACCUCUCACAGGUCCGAUCAUCGGAGCCCCGCCUCUUCAUUUCUCUCAACCCCAAGGUGUUGAUAGAAAAGACUAGCAGAGAGGGAUCAAGCAAGUGCCAUGUAGCUUCAUUCUUGCUCCUCUGCUUUGCAAAGAAAGAGGUUCCGCAUGCUGAAUAAAUGGCGAUACGAAUUGCUGCUUUUCGACUAGCACUGUAAUCAAUAUUCUUUUGUGGCGAAGGCGUUAUCAGCUUACUGACUUUGGGGCUAUAAGGCCAAUCAGUGGAGUUGGUAGCGUCUUUGCAUCAUGCCAUACUAUAUUCAGAGACUCUAUAAUAUGUGCAAGUCAAACCUUGCGCCGGAUGGGCCUCUUUCAGAGGAGGCUCUUGAAAGAGUUCGUGUUAAACUAGAGAAAAUUAAGCCUGCAGAUGUAGGUCUAGAACAAGAGGCACAAGUUGUACGCAACUGGUCAGGUGCUAUGCUUGAGCGUGAUGUGGAUCAUCAAUCACUGCCACCAAUCAAAUACUUGCAUUUACAUGAGUGUGAUAGCUUCUCUAUGGGAAUCUUUUGCAUGCCUCCUACCUCUAUCAUACCUCUUCAUAAUCAUCCAGGAAUGACUGUGUUGAGCAAGCUUAUAUAUGGUACUUUGCAUGUUAAUUCAUAUGACUGGCUUGAUGUACCUGGGUCUGCUGAUCCAUUAGAAGCAAGACUGGCGAAAGUGGUUAGAGAUGUUGCGAUGACAGCUCCUUGCCCAGCAACAGUUCUUUAUCCCACAAGUGGGGGCAAUAUCCAUAGUUUCACAGCUAUAACUCCCUGUGCUGUAUUUGACAUCCUAGCUCCACCUUAUUCUUCUGAAGAUGAUAGACACUGCACUUAUUUCCGGAAGUCCUCAAGAAGAGAUCUGCCUGAUGAUCUCAAGUAUGAUGGUGACACUGCUCCUCAAGUGACUUGGUUAGAAGAGUUUCAACCUCCCGACAACUUUGUGAUUCGGAGAGGGCUGUACAAGGGUCCUGUGAUUCGAACCUGAGAAUUUUCGUUUUGUUUAUAGGAUUUUAGUUAAAUUUGCUUGUCUCGAUAGGAAACAUUGAGGGGAAACUGUGGCAAAUGAGUUGUUGAAGCCAUGGAAAUACUUAAAUUUUGGCUAUGUAUUUUGGGCAUUCGGCUUGUACAUAAUAUUAGACCGUUGUAGCCUGAUUCACUGACCUCACAUUGAGAGUUUGAGACUAGUAGAGUAGUUGCUGGAACUUUAGGAAAAAUCCUGAGGAUAAUUUCUAUAUUUGUUGGGAUUGUCUAUUUUUUGUCAAUAAAAAUGUUGCCUUGUAGCCUAGCCAUA